CGUUCACCCGGAAGUAGAUCUCGUAUGGUAGAACGCGCCAUGGCCACGGCAGUAGUUUCUCACACAGCCUGUUAGCCGGUGAUAAGCAUAGCACAGGUCAGUGUUUCCUUUUGACAAGAUUGGGACAGUAAGCGACAGCUGAGGGAAACUGCUCAUCAUGAGAAGUGUGCUGAUGGUAGCGGAGAAGCCGUCCUUGGCUCAGGCCAUUGCCAAAAUCCUUUCUAAAGGAAACUGUACAAGUCGCAAGGGGCUCAAUGGCGCAUGCUCAGUGCACGAAUACACCGGCAUUUUCCAGGGCCAAACUGUACACUUUAAGAUGACUUCUGUUUGUGGGCAUGUGAUGAGUCUCGAUUUUAUUGGGAAAUAUAACAACUGGGACAAAGUAGACCCUGCAGAACUCUUUAGUAAAGCUCCUACUGAAAAGAAGGAGGCCAACCCUAAACUCAAUAUGGUCAAGUUUCUUCAGGUUGAAGCCAGAGGCAGUGACUGUGUGGUUUUGUGGUUGGACUGUGACAAAGAAGGAGAGAACAUAUGUUUCGAGGUGCUGGAUGCCAUUCAGCCAGUGAUGAAUAAGGGAAGUGCCAGGAGUGUUUACCGUGCCAAAUUCAGCUCCAUUACUGACACUGACAUCUGGAAUGCUAUGAACCGCCUUGGAGAGCCCAAUCACAAUGAAGCUCUGUCAGUAGAUGCACGGCAAGAGCUGGAUCUGCGUAUUGGCUGUGCCUUCACCCGGUUCCAAACAAAGUAUUUUCAAGGGAAAUAUGGCAAUCUAGACUCUUCGUUAAUCUCCUUUGGUCCGUGCCAGACCCCAACACUUGGCUUCUGUGUGGAACGCCAUGACAAGAUCCAGUCCUUUAAACCAGAGACUUACUGGGUCAUCCAGGCAAAGGUUUUUAAAGGAAAGGAGAGUCCACUGACACUGGACUGGAACAGAGUUAGGGUCUUUGACAGAGAGGUGGGUCAAAUGUUUGUCAACCUGGCGAAAACAUCCAGGGAUGCGCAGGUGGAGUUGGUGAGUAAGAAGGAGAAGACCAAGCAGAGGCCUCAAGCCUUAAACACAGUGGAGAUGUUGAGAGUGGCUAGUUCUGCCUUAGGCAUGGGUCCCCAGCAUACUAUGCAGAUUGCUGAGCGCCUAUAUACACAGGGCUACAUCAGCUACCCACGUACCGAGACGACCCACUACCCAGCAAACUUCGACCUGAAGGGAACACUGAAGCAGCAGACCAACAACCCCUUCUGGGUAGAAGAGGUAAAAGCUCUGCUUUCAACUGGAAUAAACCAACCCAGGAAGGGCACUGAUGCUGGAGAUCAUCCACCUAUUACUCCCAUGUGUGCUGCCACGGAAGCAGAACUAGGAAGUGAUGGCUGGCGGCUAUAUGAGUACAUUACCCGGCAUUUUAUUGCCACUGUAAGUCAAGACUGCAAGUACCUACAAACCACUAUAGAGUUCAGCAUUGGCACAGAGGCUUUCUCAUGUAGUGGAAGAACCCUUAUAUCACCAGGUUACACGACUGUAAUGCCAUGGCAGGGCAUCCCUCUGGAAGAGUCCAUACCAGUAUGUGAGCGUGGAGACACUUUCUCAGUAGAUGAGAUCAAGCUGAUAGAAAAGCAAACCAGCCCACCAGACUACCUGACUGAGGCUGAACUCAUCACCCUCAUGGAGAAACAUGGCAUUGGUACUGAUGCUAGUAUCCCAGUCCACAUCAAUAACAUCUGCCAGAGGAACUAUGUGACAGUUGAGAGUGGACGCAAGCUGAAACCAACCAACUUAGGCAUAGUCCUGGUACAUGGCUACUACAAGAUAGAUGCAGAACUGGUGCUUCCCACUAUACGCAGUGCUGUAGAAAAGCAGCUUAACCUUAUUGCGCAGGGUAAGGCCAACUACCAUCAGGUCCUACAGCACGCCCUGGAUAUCUUCAAGAGGAAGUUUCACUACUUUGUUGACUCCAUUACCAACAUGGAUGAGUUGAUGGAGGUCUCCUUUUCUCCCAUUGCUGCUACUGGGAAGCCGCUGUCCCGCUGUGGCAAAUGCCACCGCUUCAUGAAGUACAUCCAG